GAUAAAUUUAAGCCAAUUGGCACUUGCAAGAAAAACAAGAAUUAGUGACGUUUCUGUGACGUCAUUUAUGGUUUCUCAGUGAACAUCAAAAUAUCGUACAUGACAAACUGAUGUGCCAUCAAAAAAAAUUCCGAAGUCUCUUUUAUCAGUAACAAUUUUGAUAUAAAGUCUCUAUCACUUUUUUAUUAGAACAUUUUUGCAUAACUUGUUUUACUAGUUGCUAGAGUGCGUGCGAUCUACGUCGAUUGACCGAAGUAAAGAACAUUGUUAAAAAUUUCUCAGCGUUCUUUGAAUUCGAUCUAAAAGCUUAAAUUCCCUUAUGAUGAAUGACUUGAUACCUUUGGUCAAUAAGCUCCAAGACGUUUUUAGCACGAUUGGCAGUGAUACUGUAGAUCUUCCUCAAAUCAUUGUCGUUGGAUCACAGUCGUCCGGAAAAUCUUCAGUACUUGAGAACAUUGUACAGCGAGAUUUCUUACCUCGCGGUAAUGGAAUUGUUACUCGACGACCUUUAGUUCUUCAGCUUAUUAAUAUUCAAAACACCGAAGAAGAGUAUGGGGAAUUUUUACAUGCUCCAGAUCAAAAAUUUACUGAUUUUGGUGAAAUUAGGAGAGAAAUCGAAACAGAAACUGCUAGAGUUGCUGGUCAAAAUAAGGGAAUAUCAAGAUCUCCAAUUAAUUUGAAAAUUUAUUCGCCUAAUGUUCUUAAUUUAACUUUGGUCGAUCUUCCGGGAUUAACAAAGAUUCCAAUUGGUGACCAACCUACGGAUAUUGAAAAACAAACAAGAAGUUUAAUCUAUGAGUAUAUAUCUAAACCGAAUAGUAUAAUUUUAGCUGUCAGUCCGGCUAACGUUGAUUUAGUAAAUUCGGAAAGUUUAAAACUCGCAAAGCAAGUUGACCCGGAAGGAAAACGAACUAUCGGAGUCUUAACAAAAUUAGAUCUUAUGGACGCUGGUACAAAUGCAUUAGAAAUUCUUACUGGCCGUGUUGUCCCUUUAAAGUUAGGUUUCAUUGGAGUCGUUAAUCGUAGUCAGCAAGAUAUUGUUGGUAACAAACCGAUGGUUGAAGCAUUGAAGGCCGAAGCUGAGUUUUUCAAACAUCAUCCAGCUUAUAAAAACAUUGCCUCGCGGUGUGGUACCCCAUUCUUGGCUAAAACAUUAAAUAACAUUCUCAUGAAUCAUAUACGGGAACGAUUACCAGAUAUGAAGACUCGAAUUAAUUCUCUAAUCACACAAACUUCACAAGAACUUUUGUCAUAUGGAGACCCAACACUCGAAGGAAAAUCAAAUAGGGGUGCGUUGGUAUUGAAGCUUCUUACCAAAUUUGCGAAUGAUUUCGUUUCAUCAAUUGAUGGAACCGCAUCAGAUAUUUCUACUAAAGAAUUAUGUGGCGGUGCUCGAAUAUAUUAUAUUUUCAAUAACGUAUUUGGCGCAGCAUUGGACUCAAUUGCGCCUUGUGGGAAUCUUACAACACAAGAUAUUCGAACAGCAAUCCGUAAUUCGACCGGUCCGCGUCCUUUUUUAUUUGUCCCGGAAAUUGCAUUUGAUCUUUUAGUCAAGCCUCAAAUUCGGUUACUUGAACCACCCAGUUUGAGAUGUGUUGAACUCGUAUAUGAAGAGUUAUUGAAAAUCUGUCAUGGAUGUGGAAGUCCGGAAUUGAGUCGUUAUCCACGUUUGCAAGCUAGACUUCUUGAGGUCGUUUCAGAUUUACUUCGUGAACAACAAGGCCCUACUUCCUCGUAUGUUGAAAGUUUAAUUAGCAUUCAACGUGCUUAUAUAAAUACCAAUCAUCCAGAUUUUAUUGGCGGUGGUGGUGCUAUAUCAGAUCUUGUUAAGAAGAAUGAAAAGAAGAGAAGAGAAUUCGAAAAACUCAAUAGAAGAGCAAACAAUUUUAGCAAUAGUAGUAUACAUGCAUCCGUAAAUGGUAUAAAUAAAGAUGAAAUACAUGAUGGGUCAUCAAUUUCGGAUAAAGAAUCUAGCGGGACUAGAGAUAUGAUUAGUCUACAAAAUGGAAUGAACUCUUCUUCAUGGGCCCAACGCGAGUCAUUUUUAACGUAUUUCUUUGGAAGUGGAAAUAAAACAGAUAGAACUAUUUUGCCUGAUCAACCAGUACCAAGCAGAAAUGGAAAUUUUUCUAGAGAUAUUGAAGAUUUAGAUAAGCUAGAAAAUAUGUCUUUAAAUGAAGAUACUCUUCAUCUCACCGAACGGGAAGAAAUGGAAACUCAAUUAAUACGUUCUCUUAUUACAUCAUAUUUCAACAUUGUGCGUAAAACUAUUCAAGAUAUUGUUCCGAAGGCUAUUAUGCAUCUUUUGGUCAAUCAUUCUCGUGAAUCGGUUCAGAAUAGAUUAGUUUCAGAAUUAUAUAAGGAGGAAUUAUUUGCCGAUUUGUUACAAGAAGACGAGAAUUUGGCUAGUGAAAGACAAAAAUGCAAAACUAUGCUAGAUGUUUACAGAAAAGCAUUUGAAGUUAUUAAUGAGGCAAUGUGAACAUGAAUAAGUAUAGAGGAUUAUGGUGGACUAUUCAAAAAGAAUUAAAUAUUGUUUUCUUUUUAUUAGUUAUUAAACAAUACUAGAAUUUUAUAUUAUUAUUAUUAUUUUUUUUAAACAUACAUCUUGUGUAAAUUUCAUAUAUAUAAAAAGAAAACGUGUGAUUUAUUAUAUUGUUUUUAUUUAAAACCUUUUUGGAAUGCUUUGAUUUAUUUAUAAAUAAAUAAAUGUACUAAGUU